CAUGCAUAGUUGCGUGUUUCAUGGUUCUUAAAGUAUUUUCAGCUCUUGCUCGUGCUGAUUUAUUAUCGUUCAUCGUUAAUAUCAUUCAUUCGACCUCAAACAACCCUUAUUCUACCAGAGACCUGCACAUACCCAAACCAUGUUAAGACGUGUACUACCACGCUUGCCGCUUUUCCGAGUCUCUGCACCCAUACUUCCAAUAUCAUCGCGGUUAAGUGCUCGCCCAGUACCCGCAAUGUCCCUGACCGGUUCUCCUCGUUUGUCGAGCCCGAGGCUAUUUCACCACGUCCCUGCUCGCCUUACGUCAACUCCACCACCUCAAAACGAUCCAGCACCACAGUUACCUCCAGAUGCUACCCUCUCUCAAAGGCUGAAACACCUCAUCAAAUCUUAUGGAUGGUAUGCCCUUGGAGUGUACAUCGUUCUCUCCACACUGGACUUCACUGUCGCGUUUGCUGGAAUUAACUUGUUGGGUGCCGAGCAGGUCGCGUCUGCUGCCGCCUACAUUAAAGAGAUCGCUAUCGGGUUCAUCCAUACCAAGCCACCAGAGCCUGGGCGGGAUGAGAUGGAUGCCAUUUCUGCGGGAGAUGCGAGCCGCGAGGGCUU